AUGAACAAUUCUGGGGUGUUAAACACAAACAAAGAACAGAGGCUCUUAUUGACAACAAUAUCAAAAAUUGGAUUUUUCCUUCUUUUCAUUGUUUUUGCAGUUCUUGUUGUUAUAGCUCUUUUUGUUAGUUUAAAUGCACCAAAACCAUGGUCAACAAAUGAAAUAAGUUCAUGGAAAUGUGCUGGUGAUGAUGCACAAUUUAAUCAAAAUUGUGGAGGAGUAAAUUUGUUAGAUAAAUCCAAAAAAAUAACCCUUCAAUUAGGUGCAUAUGAAAUUUUUAAUCAAGAGUCUCGUUUAGAAUAUUAUUUCAAUAAAAAGAGUUCUAAGAAAGAUAUAGCCUUUGAUGGACUUGUUAAAUUUAGAUAUACAUUAUAUGGAACUAAUGUAUUAAAUCAACCAAACCAAAAAGUUGAAGUAAGUUCAUUAAAACUUAUUGAAGAAAAAACAAUUGAAAGUAAAGUACAUUGUCCAGCUAGAUCUAACAAAUGUGAUGUUGGUUAUAUCUCAUCAGAACUGUAUUUAGAUUAUCCAAUUUAUAUUAUUGAACUUUCUAUAAUUAAUGAAAAUGUAAAAGAUAUUGUUAGUGAUCUUAUCUUUAAAGCAUCAUAUGUUUCAACGUUCUAUACUAUUUUUGAAUUAUUCUGGAGACUUAUUUUUAUUUUAUUCUCUUGUUUGUGUACCUGUAUUUAUCUUUGGGCUAAUAGAUCCAUUCCACAAGAAAAAUGGAGUCAUGAACAAAAGUGGACAGUUGUAUUAUUAACAUUCCUUAUUUGGGAAAAUAAUCCAUUAUAUCCAUAUGAAUUUUUAAUGGAUAAUGCCUUCUAUUUAUUUGUUAAUUCUGUUAUUGAUACUAUUUUCAUAUGUUUCUUAAUGUUUUAUGUUCUUAUUAUGUUUGAUGCAUUAAGAAAACCAAUUCGACAAAGAACAAGUAUUCGAUUCUAUUUACCAAGAGGUUUAUUAUGUGGUUUAUUAUUUUCACUUAUUUUAGCAUCAUUCAUGUAUAACAAAACAAGAAAGAUUUAUUCACCUACAAUGACUGGUUCACAUGAUGUAUUUAAUGUUAUUAUUUCAUUAGGUAUUAUGGGUCUAUUAAUUAUUUAUUUAUUCUGGUUAAUAUUCUCUAUUAUUCGUUCAUUCUCAGAAGUUCGUAAAUUAGGAAGUGCUGGUUAUAGAGUUCAAGUCUAUGGUAUUUUCACUAUCUUCAUUUUAUUAUUCUAUAUCUCAUUAUUACUCUCAGUAUUCUUUAUGGGUUAUCGUAAUAAUGCUGCUGUUUCUUUAACAACUAUUGCAUUUGUUAAUUUCUAUUGUAUGGUUUUGACUAUCCUUUACUUACCAUCAAAUGUUGUUGACCAAAAAGAGGAGAGAGCUAAAAUUGUUAAAUUGGAUGAUGAUGAAGCUUUAGAAUUAAAAGUAGAAGAUUAUGAUGAUGAAGAGUCUCAUGGAGAUGAGGUGGUAAUUGCAGAUGAUGAAAAUUAAUUUUCUUCUUCUUUCAAAUU